AUGGAAGAAGUUAGGCAGCUGGUGCAAGAAGAAGGUAGGGAGGCGAGAAACCUCGUGGCCUUCCAUGUUGCCGUGGAUACGCCAGCUCGAGUAUCUCGCAAACCGCCUCGUGCUUUGCCCCCGGCCCGUCGAGUUCCGCCUAGAGCGUCUCGCCUGAGGUCGGCUUCGGCUGGUCGAGACAAACGGUCUGAGUUGCGUGCCAGGUACUGGGCACUACUGUUUGGAGAUCUGCAACGUGCUAUCGGUGAGAUUUAUAACACAGUAGAGGCUCAUGAAAACUUAAACGAGUGCCAAGAAGUUAUACUAGUGCUAGAGAAUUACACGCGUGAUUUUAAAGCUUUAGGAGAAUGGUUUAGACUGAAAUGGGAAUAUGAUAAUACACCUCCACCGCAGAGGCCACAGAGUUUAGCUUGGGAGAUUCGGAAGACUGAUUUUGUUAGGCCAGAAUCGCGACGUACCUACUCAGUUAAAAGUUCACCGUCUGUCUCAGGGAAAAAUAGCCCUUGUCUCUCAGGACACAAUACGCCUAGUGGCAAAAAUAGCCCUAAUUUAACAGGUAAAGCAAGUCCAGGUAGUGGGAAAAUAAGUCCUAGGAUACCAACCCAUCCUAGCUCAAGUCCAAAGGCGUCUAUUGAAUUCUUCAGUAACAAAAUUGUUGCUUCUAAGAUAACGGCAAAACCGGAGCCGAAAGUUGCUAAAGAGACUUCUAGACUCUCUGAUAUAAAAGAGAAAGAUGUAAAAGAAGCCGCUGAUGAAGUUGCAAAGGAAUUAUCAAUUUCAAAAGAGCAUGUAAAGGAAUUGCCCAUUAUAAAAGAACCUACAAAGGAAUUGCCAAUUGCAAAAGAAGAUUCCAAAGCCAUAAAAGAUCCAAAACCUGUUUCUAUAGAAAUAGGUACAGCGAAAGAGUACCAAAAUGUUUCUCCAAAACAAGUAGUGAUAAAAUCUCCGAAGCAUAUUAAGUUAAUUACAUCCAACUCUAAUAAUAACAACAAUAUUUCUUGCCAAGCUAAAACUACAAUAGCGCAGCUAGAUGAAAUGGAAAAUGAUUUUUUAGAAAAGCAGCUUACUGCUAAUCAAGCCAAGAAUGAAAAUAUGAUAAACCGGGAUAUUGAAAAAGAAAAUGAGAAAACUGAAGCAGUCUCUGACGUAUCGGAUGUAAAAGUAAAAGUCGAGGAGAAAGAGACUUUUCUAAGUGAAUCUCCAACUAAGUCUGAAGAUAAUUUUGCUGAUAUAUCAAAUGAAAGUUCACCAAAAAUUGAUAUUGAUAAAAUAGCAAAAGAAAACGUAGAGAUAUCGGACAAAGAAGAUUCUCUAGAAAUUCGCGAUAUAAAUAAUAUUUUAGAAACGGUAACAAUUGAAAAUUCGAGUGUAACAAUUUCAGAAAUUCAUAAAAUUGAAAUAGAGAAAGAUGACCCAAAAGACAAUGUUAUUAUAAAUUUGUUAAAUGCCAGUGGAAGUAUGGAGUGUAUUGAUAAAAAUAUAAGCGUCGAAAUUGGCACAGAGGAUAAAGUUAAUGAUCAAGUAGAAAAUCAAACCAUAGCAUUUGAUAAGAAAAAACUAUGUAUUGGAGAAACAAUCAAUGUAGGAGAUAACUUUGAUAAUAUUGUUUCGAAAGACGUAACUAUAGAAACACCAAAUAAAGAAACAGAAAAAAAUCAAACCGCUAAAGAUAAUAAGGAAUCAGUUAAGGAAUCUACCAUUGAUAAAGAUGAAUCAAGAAAAGAUCAAGAUUCUAAAAAAACUGAUCCUAAAUCUUCUACUGAUUUCAAACAAAACGCUAAGCCUGCAUACUCGCAAGCUGCAGCAAAACCUAAGCCACCAAAUUCAACAAAAAAUGAAGUCAAAACACCUGUAAGAUUAGCACGAAGUUCUACUGCAAUGGAAAUUCGACCUACUACUGUACCUAGAACACAAAGAUCAUUCCAGAAAAAAAAUCAAGCAAACAAAUGCAGCUAUCCCUUCAACUUAACGACUGGACGUACAAGUUUAUUUGACGGAACUCCAUCUUCAUCAACAAAGGGGAGUUUACCUAAACGUCCGAUUAGGAAUACACAAUUGGCGUCAGGUGAUUCCAAACCUGUAUCUACUAAGGAAGUUCUUAAAAAACGACCACCUAGGCCUAUAUCACUCAAAGUUGUCGAGAAACACGAUAAAAAAGAAAAACUUAACCCAGCGUUAGAGAAAAAUAAGGAAUCUAAGGACUAUAGUAGUUCAGAUACAAUUGUGACUCAAAUUGAUAUGUCACGAAUAGAAUCAAGUGAGAGCUUGAAAACUGUAGUGCCAGAAAAUCAUGAAUCAUUGCAUGAUGUGGCCAAUUCCAUUGAAGUACUUAAUGUUGAUAAUAAUAAGAAUGAUAAUGAAGGUUGGCUUACUGUAAAGUCAAGAAGAUUGAGUCGUGAGUCGAAAAAGCAUUCCAAGUCGCACUGGGCGAACAGAUUUAAUCAGCCUUCUGCUACAACUAGUCUACCUACAUUGAACAUGCUCGAAUCCCCUAAGCAGGAAACUAAAGAAAUUGUAGAUAACAAAUCAGAAAAAGAUCGUGCUAAAUCUGAGCAGCCCCAAACUGUGGAAAAACAAGAUGUACAAAUUAAAAGUCCUGAAAAAGUACCUAGGACUGAAAAAGUAGUUAAGGUUUUAGCUAAACCGAAAUCAGAAAAUAAAGUGAAAGAUCCAUCAAUGAUAAGGCAGAAGUCAGAUGUGACGGGGCUUAGAACAAAAUCCUCACGAAGCAAAGUACUAACAAAGAGAGCGGAAAAAGUAAAAGAUAGCCAAAACGAUGAUGAGAAUGAAUUAACCAAAAAUCGUUUACAUUCAUCUUUAGAAAGUUUAACGUCAGCGUUAGCCCGUUCCCAAGAGAGUACGGAGGAAACUUUUGACUUUGACAAAUGGAAAGCCGAAUUUAAAUCCACAUUCAAAUAUUUAGAAGAUGACGAUCAAAUUCCAGAUCAAACUGAAAUAUUAAAGGCGGCUGAUCCCUCAGAAAUGUCAGAAAUAGAGGCUAUGACAUCACAAAUUGAGGAAAACGAACGAAAAAUAAGUUGGGCUUUGGAUUUUCAAGCCGAAGUAGAUCAGCGAAAGCUUUGUGAAGAGGAAGAUCUUUUGAACAGGCAGAUAUUGGAGUUGCAACAAGUGUCCGACAUCGAUAUUGACACGGAAACUGAUGAUACAGAGACAGACGCAGAGAUCCUCUGCGAAGAUCCACAGCAGCAAGUAUGUGAAACGGAAACGUUGGGUACACUCGCAGCAUCCCUGGAGGAUCAGUAUGAGACUGCUUUAGCGGGGAUGUCGUGGGCGGAGCGGGUGGACACGUUGGUUGUUCUUGAAGCUCUAGUUGCAAGGGAUCCGGGUCGUGCCCAACAGUUGCACGCUAAAUUGUCGCAAGGUAUCAAGAGACGUGGGAGCUUGCAGGAUGCUCUGCGAAGACUUCAAGCCAAACAGGCCCGUGCAGAACGCCAAAGGUUAGAGUACCAAACUGAACGUGCCAAGAAGAUACACCAAUUGUUGGCCAGAGUUGAAGAAGUUAAGGUUGCGAAAAACCAAUUGAUAGAAGAGAAGAGAAUGAGGAUGGAGAGGCGCUUGCAGAAGGCUGCUGAAAACCGUGACCAACACCUUAAAGACAUAGUACGUAAAGCGCACGAUGAAGAAGAGAAGCUACGGGAGAUAGCCUUCAUCAAGCAAUUAGAAGCAGAGAACAGAAGGCAUGAGUUUCUAGAGCAGUGUCGCACGCACACUACACGCUUGCGGCAGAUGCGGAGGGAUAGGCUGCUUAAACUGGAGCAGAAAGCGGCGCGUGAGGCGGCGGUGGGCGCGCGGCGCGCGGCGCUGGAGGCGGCGCGGCGCGCGCACGUGGCGGCGCUGCUGCAGCGCCGGCGCGAGCGCGCCGCGCGCGUGCAGGAGGCGCGCGGCGUGCGCCAGCGCGAGCGCGACGACGCGGCGAGGGAGAAGGCGGAGGGCGUGAAGUCGCGGCUGUCGGCGCUGGCGGCGGCGGCGGAGUUGGAGGCGGACGCGCUGCGCUCGCGCAUCCGCGACAAGCAGGACGCCAGCCAGCUGCGGCUCGAGUCGCACCUGCAGGCCAUCCGCGAGCGCGCCACCACCGCCACCGCCGGCCCGCGCCAGACGACGACUUCAGAAAGUCAAGAACAAACACCAAAAGAAGUAGAAGAAGUUAAUAAAUUAGAAUUAGAAAGAAAAGAAAGAGAGAAGCAGAAGGCAAUCAAGAAGAAAGCGAGGAAACUGAAACAGAAGCUAUUGGCUGGAGGCAACUCUAACCCGAUAUUUGACGACACGAUUACGACAGCCGACACGUUUCUUAACCCAGUUACGAGUAAAGUUUACCGCGUGAUUAGUUCUAUCAGAAACAUUAUAGCGCCAUUACUAAAAGAAACGAUGAAUCAUACAAGUCCACUCGAGAAUGAAGAAGAUAAAACUGGCAAGAAGAAGAAGAAGAAUAAAGGAUUCAAAGCAGACGAUAAUAAAAUUGUUAACGGUACUGAUGUUAAUGUAAAAACAGACGACAAUAGAAACAAUAUUAACGAUGAUAAUAAACCUAUAGUUAACGGAACUGAUAGCAGUCAAAGUAAAGUUAACGAUGAUAAAGUUGAUAUUGUGAACGGUACUGAUGGCUUGGCAACCGAUAAUGUUAACGGUAAAAACAAAAGUAACGAUAAAACUAAAGAUGUCAUAGAAAAUAAAAAUACGGAAGUUAAAUCAGAACAACCGAACACGAGUACACAUGUGGAGAAAGUUCCAGAAGUAGAAAGUAAAAAGAAGAGGAAAAAGAAGAAUGCAGAAGAAAAGGCUAAAUUAAGUAAAGCGAGUUCCAUAAGUAGUUCUCUGAGUGAUAUGAGUAAGGGGAGUCGGCGGGAAAAAAAGGAGAAGGUCGAUCUAGAUUUACCGUUUUUGGAGAAACAAAUGAAUGAGCUGUACAGACUGAUGGAGAAGUAUGAGAAGCAAAACAUGACAGAAAAGGCAGCCGUGCAAAGGUUCCAAGCGGUGAAAGUGAUAGCGCAGAUGUUAGCCGUCGCCGCGGAGAAGGAAACUCUCAACCCUCCUAUAUCGGCCAAAUGUUUGACGACGGGCGUGACGCUGGUGUCGCGCGUGAUGGUGUCGUGCACGGCCACGGCGGCGCAGCUGCUCGCCACCAACACCUGCGUGCACCACGCCACGCUGCUGGCCCGGCAGAUGGAAAAAGAUCUUCAAUCAGAUCAAAGGGAGAUGGAUUUAGCUAAGCAGUUAGCAGAUUGUCUGUCCGUGGCGCUGGACUCUGUGUUGUGCGCAAGUAGACUACACGAAGACGAAACUGAGGAUGCGAAAGAAGAAAUGGAGAUUUUGGCCUUGUUGAGGAAUAGGGCACAUCAGAUUAUAAGUUAUCUCUGCUUAAGUGGCACCAUAGCUCGGGCCGAGAAGGCGGGGGAGGUGCGCGAGAGUAUACAGACGUUGUUGACGGUGUGCGCGGACCUGUGCCACCCUUUUGAACCCGAUAAUGGUUGCGAACGAACGUACGCCAAACAGGCGUUAAAAACAGCACUAGGGAAAAGCGUAUGCGGCUCCCGAGCAGAGUUCUGCAUGUUAUUCGCCAAAGGAGCAUCCCUGGGGCAGUGCGGGGACUUCGUGAAAGCUGCGAGGACGGCACAUUUGUUGCGUGCGAUCGCUGAAAUGGACCAUCAGAUUGUGCAGGAGGCAUUCGGUGAAGGUGGUUGGCCACUGGAGUUCCGAGCGGCGGUCGCGAGACUUUUGUCGCAACAUGCACCCAAUGAGAAAGAAGCACCCAGAACUACUGCUUUACUGUUGAGGAGCCAACGAUUAGAUCAAACAUUGUCUGAAACUAUGGUCCUAGAUCUCAUAGUUCUAGUCGGAUUCGUUGUUGUCAACAAUCCGCAACUACAGGAAACGAUAUGCGACGGCUGGAGUGUGAUCAAAACCCUAUGCACGUUGCCCGCUAACUGGCUCGUCUCGCACCAACGCAGUCACGCUCUCUUGCCCACUCUGAUAGCGCUGUCGGAGCGACCCGCGUCUGCGGCAGCCAUUGCGGCCGAACUCAGUAUGACUAUGCUAGAUGAGUUCUUGGAGAAUCCUGAAGCUCAGAAGAUAAAACUUAUUCAAGUAAUAAAACAAGGACGAAUGAAGAAAGCUGGCAAGAAA